CUGCAGUUUUCUUACUUUUUUUUUGAAUUUCAGAACGUGGAGGUUGUUGAUUCUGAGCCAAAUCCCAUCCGUGAUAGCCAUCAUGCAGGACUGUUGCCACAUUCGCCAUGCUCAAAUUCUCCUGAAGAAUUGGUGUGCGGUGGAGGUGACCAGGAUGUUGCUGGCGCUGCUCCCGGUCAGUCCAUUAAUUCCCGGAAGAAGCCAUCCCUGCAGCUAAGUGUUUUCGAGAGUGCUGAGUCCCAUCCAGCAAUAACCUCAUCCAAUGUAUCUCAAAAAAACGAUAUACAUCACGACGAUUCACUGACGUUAAUAUCGAGUGAUUUCGAAAUGAAAGAGAUGGGCAGCAGUUUGGUCUGCAAACAACCAGAAAUUGCUCAUUUAAAAACACAAAUUCUGUAUCAGGAGAGGCGAAUCCGUGAUCUUCAGCUGCAGAACCAAAAACUUGAAGCAAAAUCCAAAGAACUUCUUGCACUGAAAGCAUUGGCUGAAACAAAUGGCAAACUGACGAAAGAGCUAAAAAAGCUAAGAGCAUUGCUGACUGAACAAGAGCAGUUGGCAAAAAAAGGUGCACAAGCAGAAGUGGAUCGAGAUCUUGCUCGAGAAGAAAUGCGUGCUCUUACUGCAGAAACUACAAAACUACGUGCAAUAAUAAAAUCACUGGAAGCGGAUUUGGCGAAGAUCAAAAUUGCGAAUGAAAGCGCGUUAUCGGAUCUGAAAAGGAAAGAUGAUAAGAUCAAUAGAUUGAUGGCGGAUGUUCAACAAGCUGAAACGAGCCGUGAAUUAGCUUAUGAAGAAAUGAAGGUUUGUUUUUUGUUUUUUUUCUUUUUUGGACAUCCCAAAUAAAA